GGGCGCAAAGAGUUUGUAUAUCAACAAGUUCAAGAAAUUUCCGAAUAAUUCUACUUGCGCCAUGUCGCCGGAACAAAUUUGUCGAACGUGUUUAGGCUCCACCGGUAUCCUGCAUAAUCUUUUUGGUCCAGAUAGAAUUCAAUUAGAGCGGGACAAAGCCUCGGCGGCAGAUUUCAUAGGAUUGUUAUUGAAUACGGCGAUAGAGGAAGAUGAUGGCUUAUCCAGUAAAAUUUGUCAAAUUUGCUACUUCGAACUGCAACGAAUAUAUUUGUUCAAGACCAAGUGUGAAUAUUCGCAGACAGUCCUCAUGCAACUAAGAAACGUUAAAAUCAAAAUACGAAAGUUAAAAUCGGAUAAAAGCAACGAAAUUAUUAAAGACAAGCCAACGGUAGUUAAUGGUCUCAGUCAUGCCAAGUACAUGACUACCAUUGAGCAUGCAACCAAUUCAGCGGAAUUCAAUGCAAUCGCAGACAAUGCAGAACCGUCGAACCUUUCGACGAAGAGCAAUCCUGUGUCAACAAAUUACGUAGAAUUCAUCGACGAUCCAUUGAAUUUGAUACAGUUCGAACAGCUGAGUGGAUCACAUGGAGACGCAACGGUUGAUAUGGACUUGGAUAAUGUUAUUAUUAAGGAGGAACCUUCCGACCUAUGUGAGGCUAUCGAAGAGGAUGUAUUCAAUGAUCCGGAUAACAACGCAGCGAACAGUUUACCGGAUGUUAGAGGCAACCAAAUUUUGGUCGCUGAACAUGAAGUGAAUCAGGCGAGUGAAGAUGAGAAUUUUGAGUGCCCAGCGUGUCCCUAUGUGCACGUCUCCGCGGAGGGGUUGGAGAAACAUUUGAUUAAGAAUCAUAUAAUUGGAAAUAUGUGUACGAUAUGUAAUACGGCUAUUAUCGGCAGCCAAAGGCAACACUUCGCAACUCACAUGGGCUCGCAAUUGGAGUACAAUCAAAUCAUAGGAGAACCCGCUCUGACAGGAUACGACUUUCAGUGUCCAUUUUGCACUAAACGCUUCAAGCUACAAAUUGAUGUAGAUGAACACAUUGCGAAGGAUCAUAUAGCUCGGAACUCAAAAAUUGAAAAGCUCACUGUUAAUGGUUUGAAUAAAGGCGUAAGUGAUGAUCUGUUCGACGAGAUUAUCGAGGAAACGUUCGAAGAUGACAUUUUCGAAUGUUCGAUAUGUUUCCAACCUUUUAGUGAAGCAAAAGAACUUGAAGAACACAAAAAGAUCCAUGUCCCGGAAGUUUUAUUCAAAUGUGAAUUCUGUGCGAAAACAUUUUUAAGUCAGGAUGAUUUAAAUCAACACGCAGAAAGCCUACAUCCUGUCCAAAAUAUCAACGGGCAACAGGUCUUCAAAUGUAAUCCAUGCGCCCAGGCUUUCAAUGAAAAGUCAGCUUUGAUAGCUCAUUUGGAAAUGCAUGAAAUGGAGAAACCGUUUAAGUGUGAUCAAUGUGCACAAACUUUUCGCUUCAAACAUAAUUUGAAUUGUCAUAUUCGUUUCAAACAUUGCACCGAUUGCAAGGGUAUGAAGAAUAAUGACUGCAAAAGAUGUUUAGUAAAGCAGAAUGAGAAGCAAGGCUACGAAUGUGAUAUAUGCCACAAAGUAUUAAGCAACAAAUCAAGCAUGCCUCGACAUAGAAAAAUGCACAUGGAAGGGAAACCUUACAAGUGUGAGCUAUGCUCGCAAAGUUUCAAUUACAAGCAAAUCUUGAAUCUGCAUAUACGCGAGAGACAUGGGGAAAAGAACAUAAAAUCGAAUCCUGAAUUUCAGUGUAAAACAUGUUUACAAACGUUUGAACGUAAAGUGGACUUGACGCAACAUAUGAAAUCACAUGAACCCAAUAAAUUGCACCAGUGUCCACAUUGUCUAAAGAAUUUCGAGCUUUAUACAGUGUUCAUUCGGCAUGUAAGCACCCAUUCGGGAGGAGAAGGCUUCAAAUGUGUAUUAUGUUCGGAGAAAUUUACAUCUGAACGUCAUUUCCGAACUCAUAUCGCAGAAAAACACGUUGAUGGAAGGGAAGAGACCGGAUGUUACAAGUGUGAGGAUUGUGGUAAAAUUUUCGCUGUUAGAAGUCAUUACGAUGAGCAUGUUCGAACACAUACAAAGGAGACCCCCUACCAAUGUGAAACUUGUAAGCAAUCAUUUCGGUUCAUUCAGAGUCUCAACAGACACAAAAAACUAUAUCAUACAAAAGACCUAACAAGCUAUCAAUGUCAACUGUGUCCUAAGAGUUUUCGUGAUCGAUGUGAUUUGGUGAAACAUUUUCGGAAUCAUACAGGAGAGAAACCAUUUCAAUGUGAAAUAUGCUCGGAGAAGUUCUCAGAUAAAUUGAAAUUAGGAGCUCACAUGCUUCUUAAGCAUGAUGCCAAGAACGUACAAAAACAAUACUUCAAAUGUGAGCAAUGUUCUAAAGUGUUUUGGUAUGAACACCACUAUAACGUCCAUUUGAGGAGUCAUACUGGGGAGACACCGUUCCGUUGUGAUAUCUGCAAUCACAGUUUUCGCUACAAGCAAUCAUUAAAACAGCACAUUGAAAAGUUCCAUAAGAACAAUGGAGAACAACAGCGGCAAGAAUCUGCUGAACAGAACGGGAAUAGCUCUGAAACUAGUGUGGUCGUCAACGAGAACACUACAAUUUAUGGGAACAAUGAUGUUAACAACUUUGCAUUCGGAGACUCAAUUCUCAAUGCUGAUCAAAUGAUGAACGUGGACCCACCAGAGAAUAUGAUGAGUGAAUUAUUUGAUGAUUCAAGUAUUGAAGUUGCCUAACAAUAACUGCAAUUGGAAAUCAACCCCAAUAUGUGGGCGACUUGGAAAUUUGGACGGUAGAUGCUAACAUCCAAAAGACACCAGGAUCGAAUUAUAAAGCCGCAUAGAGGUUUUGUCAGAGUGUUUAUUAAUCAUUGUCCACACAGAGCCUGUUAUUGAACGUUUGUUAUAUUUAAUAACAUUCUUUUAAGUACCCAAAUCUCGCCUAGUGUAAAAAUUUUAUGAUAUAAGAAGUGUGUAGGCAACCACGGCUAGCUCUUUUCGUAGAGAAAGUUAGAUAUGAAUUUGCCCGCACAAAUGUGGCCUUAAGGAUUACAAGAUGAAAUUAGAUUGUGUGAAAUUUCGUUAUAAAGUAAAGUACAGUAAUAUCCCUUCUAUGCUACCAUCUUUAUGUAGUGUCAGGAACUGUGUGUAGCAAGGACCUAAUACAAACAUUUAAACUAGAAUUUACAUAUGAAUUCUUGAACGUACACAUAAAACAAUAAAUAUUUAAUAUUUUAUGCACAUUUUAACGAGCCCAAUAAGAAAUUUUUUGCGUUUCUAAUCUUAUUUUGUCAAUUUACAACGAAAUGUCCGCUUAUAAAAGGUGAUACAGAAAGAAAUCAAUUUGGAAAGUUGAAAGAAAAAGACUAUUAUAUC